UAGAAUGCAGCAAAACGAGUCUUCGAGUAAUACAACGCAUAUUGAUCAAAUUUUAAGUCGCGCUAAGCUUGAAGCCGCUAUUAAGAAUCUUGAACGAGAAUUAAGCAAGAAUCGAAUUGAAACUUUUGAUAAGCCAAAAUAUGA